AUGAUUUUGACGACAGUUAAAAAAUAUACAUAUGCUUCAGAAAACGCAAGCCAUCGAAGAACUCGAAUCAUCUAGUAGCUCAAUCAAGGUGAGCCUUCUUCUCAACCCUCAUUCUUCCUUUCUUUGAUCACUCAAACCCAUUUUUCCUUUAUUGAAUCUCAAUUGAACCCCCUAACUAUUUCAUAUAAUUGAACUGCUUCUGCGUUGUUCAUGACCCCCCACAAGUUAAAGACACUACCUUUCUGCUUUGUUCUCGCCCAAUCCCUUGGGAAAGGUAUCUGUUCUCUGCUCGGGAACACGUGAGCAAUUUUUCAUUUGGCGGGUCUCAUUAAUUUCUGAGAUUUCCUGAAAAAUAACAAAACCCUUGAAUUUGGGAGCAUUGGAUUGAAUAGACUGUGUUGUCUUGUUUGAUUGUGGCAUUAGAAGGGGUUUUGAGAAAUGGGUAAGCCUUUGUUUUAUGAGAUCUUGGAAAAGCCUGCCACAAGUUGCAUCAUAGGAAUAUGUAGCAUGAUUUGGUUCUACAUACAGAAGAAAAAUAUAGGGUAUUCGCAUGUGGGGCUGAGUUAUGAGACUGCUGUAGAAGGGCAUUAUUGGAGGAUAAUUACAUCUGCUUUUUCCCAUAUAAGUGUUAUUCAUCUUGUUUUUAAUAUGAGUGCACUUUGGAGUCUUGGGGUGGUAGAGCAGCUUGGUCACUUAGGCCUUGGUGUUGAGUACUACUUGCAGUACACACUUGUGUUGGUUGUUGUAUCAGGAGUGCUGGUUCUGGCAAUGUAUCAUUUAUUGAUUCAGAGAUUCAAGCUUGAGUAUUUUCGUCGAGUGACGGCUGUUGGGUAUUCCUGUGUUGUUUUUGGGUGGAUGACAAUUCUUUCUGUGAAGCAACCAUCUUCCAAGUUGGAUCUCUUUGGGUUUCUUUCUCUUCCCAUCAGUUUUGCUCCGUUUGAGUCGCUUAUUUUCACUUCAAUCAUUGUUCCUCAGGCGAGUUUUCUUGGCCAUUUGUCAGGGAUUGUUGUUGGAUAUGCUAUAGCAUGGGGUUUGAUUCAUGGGAUGACCAAUUACUGGGCACUUUCCUUGUUGGGAUGGAUUGUGCUUGUAUUUGUUUUGAGUUUGAAGAGAUCUGGUGCGCUUGACCUAAACUUUCUUGAGAUUGAAUCUGUUACUGAUCCUUCCUUGCCAUCUGUGCGGUUUUUGGCAUCAAACAGUGGCCGAACACUGCAGAUGAGUGCGUUGCCAAAUGGAAAUGUUGAAAUUGUCUAAUGAUAAACUGAUAUAUCUUAUGAUAUCAGAUGUUGCCUUCACACACUCAAUAUUGAUAGCAAUGUGAUUCUAAUUCUUCCAAUAUAGAAUUUGUUUAAAGCUUCAGUAAUAUCCUUUUUAAGAGUUUGCAUAUUUAGUUAUGUGAUAAUGAAUGUUCUCAAAUGCUGUAUAUCCGCUUUUUGAAUUGAUGCUGCUUUGCGAAUUUGCUGCUA